AUGAUACAAUCGCUCAUCGGUAACACCCCUUUGGUAGAGAUUACCCGAUUGAACCCCAAUCCCGACGUGAAAAUAUUGGCCAAACUGGAAGGGCAAAACCCUGGCGGCAGUGUGAAAGACCGAGCGGCCUAUAAUAUGUUAACCCAAGCCUUGGAACGAGGCGAUAUUGCCAAAGGAAGCCAUUUGGUAGAAGCCACCAGUGGCAAUACGGGCAUUGCAUUGGCCAUGAUUGCCAAUUUAUUGGGGCUUAAAAUGACCUUGGUAAUGCCCGCAGGCGCUACCGCCGAGCGCAUCCGAUCGAUGAAGGCUUAUGGCGCCGAACUUAUUUUGACCGAUAACAGCAAAGGCAUUGAAUACUCUAGGGUUUUGGCCGAAGAAUUAUCCAAUGAAAACGGCUAUGCCAUGCCCAAUCAAUUUGCCAAUGACGACAAUUUAAUGGCGCAUUACAAAACCACGGGCCCCGAAAUAUGGCGAGAUACCAAUGGUUUGGUCACCCAUUUUGUAUCGUCCAUGGGCACCACCGGCACCAUUAUGGGCACAUCCAAAUAUUUAAAAGAACAAAAUCCCAAAAUACAAAUCAUAGGCGCUCAACCCACCGAAGGUUCUAGCAUUCCGGGCAUACGGCGUUGGACGCCCGAAUUUUUACCCAAAAUAUACGAUCCAAGCCGAGUGGAUUUGGUGAUGGAUGUAAGUCAAGCCCAAGCCAUUCACAUGACUCGAGAACUGGCCAAAGUAGAAGGCAUUAUGGCGGGCAUGAGCAGUGGCGGUGCCUUACACAUAGCCUUAGAAAUGGCCAAAAAAAUCGACCAUGGCACCAUCGUAUUCAUUGUUUGCGAUCGUGGAGACCGUUAUUUGAGCUCGGAUCUAUUUGAAGCCUAA